CAAGACUCAAAAGCCACAAAACCCUUCUUAACAUCUCACUUCUUCAAUCUGUAGUUAAUACAAAACCUCACCGUACUCAUUCUCGCCCACACCCACCCCCAUCCCCACCCCUGGCGCAGGCUCUCUCGUCUCUCUGUGAGUCUCUGGUAUGUUCGUCUGUCUGAAAUAAUGUAUGCACGUAUUCAUAUUUGCUUUAACAGUCUAUAAUUCAUUGAAAGUAGUUAAAGACAAGUGGAAAUGAAAGCUUUGAGAGCCCUAAGAACACUCACUUCCACUCUUUCUUCAAAACCCGAAAAGGCCCAUCUCAAUCCAAUCCUCCUCUAUAGAUUCUACACUGCCCAGCCUCAAGAACAAGACACCUACCACCAUACCCUCACCUCUGAAGAUGAAAGUAGUGCUGACUCAGUCUUUGACAGUGCUCAUUACACGUUACCUGAGAAAUUGAGUUUCGAUUCUGAGGCUGAAAGUACUAUACAACCCACGUGGGAUGUGAAUUUUAGGGAAAAAGCUAACAGAAGAAUUUUUGGAGAAAGGACCCAGCUGGGGGUAAGUUCAAUAAUUGAAAGGAAGAAACAGGAAAAGCGUUUGAGAGUUGUGGAGAGAGAAGAGGAGAAGAGAAGAAGGGCAUCGGUGCUUGCGAAGGCUUUGCUCAAGGCAGCAUUGGAGCAGCCAGAUGAGGAUGAGGGAGUAGGGGAGAGCCUGGUGGUGACGGAGGAGGACCAGAAGUCGUUGUCAGUUGGGAUUAUUGGUGCUCCUAAUGCUGGAAAGUCUGCUCUGACCAAUUACAUGGUUGGAGUAGAUCAAGACACUUCAGAGAGUGUAGCAGGAAAAUGGCUGUGCAGAUGUAGAAGCAGAGGAUUCAGUCACUCUAUUUGUCUAAUUUAAGAAAGCUUUGGUGCCAGAUGGUUUUUGAGGUUGGGAAUUAUAUUGAG